GAAAGAGAGAGAGAGAGAGAGACAGGCUAGUGAUCCUCUGUCCGAAUCCCAUUUCCAAUAUAUAGUUUUACCUACCUGAUCGAGUCGCGUGUGUACGGGCACCAUGCGCGCUUUUCAAGGGCGAUAAAACUAUAUAACCUGUUCACCUUUUUUGGUAUGUGAAGAAUGUACAGUAUUCAGAUGUGUUCUUUAGAAUAACAGUAUUUCCAGUAAAUAGCUCGCUUUGUUUUUCAACUCAACAAGCUACACAGAGUAGUCAGCUGUAGAUUUUGCAGCGGGUUGUAGGCUACGUGCGUUCUGUACUGUUGAAUACCGUGGAUCAGCGGACGGGCACGCAACUCGGGUUGUUUAUAACGUUUGACAUUCCCACCGUAGGCUCCGAGGAAAGUAGCCUAGGUAGGAAACGGGGAAACCCGGGCAAGGCGGGGCCGAACCGGAGACAGCCAAAGGGAUUAUUGAAGAACUCACGUUGCCUUGAAGCUUCCCCCUGUAGCCGAACCACUCGCAGAGUCGCAUCGUUUUGGGUUAACAAUAAUUUYCCACCCUUUGGAAUUUGGAGAAUCUUUAUUCCCAACUACUUGGUGAUUAGUCUACGCUUCAAGUAGCCUAGGCUACGGCGAACAUAACUAGUUUGUAUUUACACCUAUUUAACGUCGGCUGUGGUCAUUUGCUUUGGAAUAUACGUUUCAGGACGGAUUUGGGGGGAAUUAUUUCCCCAGCCCCGUUGGACCAUGGCGGACGACGACGUACUGUUUGAAGAUGUCUACGAGCUGUGUGAGGUCAUUGGAAAGGGUCCGUUCAGUGUGGUACGAAGAUGUAUCAGCAGCGCAGGACAGCAGUUUGCUGUGAAGAUCGUAGACGUGGCCCAGUUUACCUCCAGCCCUGGUCUCAGCACAGAGGAUCUGAAGAGAGAAGCCAGUAUCUGCCACAUGCUGAAGCACCCUCACAUCGUAGAGCUAGUGGAGACAUACAGCUCUGAUGGCAUGCUCUACAUGGUCUUCGAGUUUAUGGAUGGUGCAGACCUGUGUUUUGAGAUUGUGAAGAGGGCAGACGCUGGCUUCGUCUACAGUGAGGCGGUGGCCAGUCACUACAUGAGACAGAUCUUAGAGGCACUGCGAUAUUGUCAUGACAACAAUGUCAUCCAUCGAGACGUGAAGCCCCACUGUGUCCUCCUGGCAUCUAAAGAAAACAGUGCUCCAGUGAAGCUGGGAGGGUUUGGCGUGGCCAUCCAACUGGGAGAGUCAGGACUGGUGGCUGGAGGUCGUGUAGGCACGCCCCAUUUCAUGGCCCCGGAGGUGGUGAAGAGGGAACCGUAUGGUAAGCCUGUAGAUGUGUGGGGCUGUGGAGUCAUCCUGUUCAUCCUGCUGUCUGGCUGCCUGCCGUUCUACGGUACCAAGGAACGCCUGUUCGAAGCCAUCUGCAGGGGAAAAUACAAGCUGAACCCCAGGCAUUGGGGACAUAUCUCAGAGAGUGCUAAGGACCUGGUGAGACGGAUGCUCAUGCUGGACCCUGCAGAGAGAAUCACUGUCUACGAGGCACUCAACCACCCCUGGCUCAAGGCGCCAGACUCCUGCAGUAGGCUAUCUCUUUACGACAAAAUCAACACAAAGUCAUCGCCCCAGAUCAGAAACCCCCCCAGCAAUACUGUACAGAGGGCCAAGGAGGUACUGGAAGAGAUCUCUUAUUACCCAGACAACCACGACGCCAAGGAGCUCAGACGGAUACUGACCCAGCCGCACUUUAUGGCCUUGCUCCAGACCCAUGAUGUGGUGGCCCAUGAGGUGUACAGUGAUGAGGCUUUGAGGGUGACCCCCCCGCCCACCUCGCCCUACCUGAACGGAGAAUCUCCCGAGAACACCAACGGAGACAUGGACCUGGAGAACGUGACGAGAGUACGCCUGGUUCAGUUCCAGAAGAACACUGAUGAACCUAUGGGCAUCACGCUGAAGAUGAACAUCUGAAACCACUGUAUCGUAGCCAGGAUAAUGCACGGAGGAAUGAUCCACAGACAAGGAACGCUGCAUGUAGGAGAUGAGAUCAGAGAGAUCAACAGCAUCAGUGUAGCCAACCAGACAGUAGAGCAACUACAGAGGAUGCUGAAAGAGAUGCGAGGCAGCAUCACCUUUAAGAUAGUGCCAAGCUACCGGACACAAGGAUCUUCCUGUGAGGAUCUGCCGUCAUCCGUCCAACCCAAGAGUCGACAGAUCUACGUGAGGGCCCAGUUUGAGUAUGACCCCUCCAGAGAUGACCUCAUACCCUGCAAGGAGGCUGGGAUUCCCUUCCGGGUUGGUGACAUCGUCCAGAUCAUCAGUAAAGAUGACCACAACUGGUGGCAGGGCAAGCUGGAGAACACUAAGAACGCCACCGCAGGGCUCAUACCCUCACCAGAACUACAGGAGUGGCGUGUGGCGUGUCAUAGCCAUGGAGAAACCAAGCAGGAGCAGCAGGCCAGCUGUACCUGGUUUGGCAAGAAGAAGAAACAGUACAAGGACAAGUACCUGGCCAAGCACAACGCAGUAUUCGACCAAUUAGAUCUUGUCACGUAUGAAGAGGUAGUGAAACUGCCUGCGUUCAAGAGGAAAACACUAGUCUUGUUAGGGGCCCAUGGAGUGGGCAGAAGACACAUCAAGAACACACUAAUCACGAAACACCCCGACAGAUUUGCCUACCCAAUCCCACAUACAACCAGACUUCCUAAGAAGGACGAGGAGAACGGGAAGAACUACUACUUUGUGUCACAUGACCAGAUGAUGCAGGACAUCAGUAACAAUGACUACCUGGAGUACGGUAGUCACGAGGACGCCAUGUACGGCACGCGGCUAGAGACCCUCCGCAGAUCCACGAAGCAGGGACUCAUCAUACUGGACGUAGAACCACAGGCCCUGAAGGUCCUGCGGACAGCGGAGUUCGCUCCUUACGUUGUUUUCAUAGCUGCACCAACCAUUACCCCUGGCAUCAAUGAGGACGAAUCAUUGCAGCAUCUUCAGAAGGAGUCAGAAAUUCUCCAGAAGACCUAUGCCCAUUACUUUGACCAGACCAUAAUCAACAACGAGAUAGAUGAGACCAUCAGACACCUAGAGGAGGCUAUAGACCUGGUCUGUACCAACGCACAGUGGAUCCCUGUGUCCUGGGUCUACUGAGGAAAAAACACAAAGCCCUCCUCUCCUCUGCUUUCUCCUCCUCUCCUCUCCUCUCCUCUCCUCUCCUCUCCUCUGCUUUCUCC